UUUUUUACGAAAACAACGUCAAAAAAAAUAAAAUAAAAUUCUAGAAACAAAACUUUAAUUAUACGCAAUAUAUUUUUUACUAAUUUGACUAAAACAUAUUUAUGGCCGUUAAAAAACUUUCGCCAGUAACUUUGGCAGACUUGGUGAAGCGUGUUCCCAAAGAUCAAAUGAAACAAUUUGAAAAGUUUCGAGAUAAAACCCUAGAAUAUCACAGAAGAGUCAACCAAUACCCUGAAAAGCUGCCGCUCAUCGAUUGGGAAUAUUAUCGCAACAAUGUUCGUAAGGAUUAUGAAAAAAUGGUUAUCGAAUUUCAAAGCGAAUAUGAAGAGCUGGAUCGCACUUUCAGUGCACGACAUGAAAUAAAUGAUUUUGCCAAAUACUACGAAGAGCUGGAUAAACUAACGGAGGUGGUUAAGAAGGAAAUCACCGAAUUUGUAAAAUCAUCAAAUGAUCGCAUCAAAAAAUAUGAAGCUGAAAUUAAACGCAUUAAAAAUUUGGUACCAUACGAACAAAUGACUAUGGAACAGUUUGUUGUGGAUCGUGAAGAUUUGGCCGAGUUUAUACCACGUCAGGGUAGGCCAUUAUUUUGGCCUCACAACCCAGAAGAACAAAGAGUAGGACCAGCGAAUCCGGAUUAUGACAAAAAGCCCCAGAAAAAGGGGUCAACGUCUGAGGAAGCUAAGCCGUCGGAUGUCAUUGUGUCGUGAAAAUAUUCUUUAAAUUAAUGUCCAACAAUUGUUGUUAAAUUCGUCCUAUAAUCGCCGCCCUUGAAAACUAUUUCGAAAACUCACAUUCGGCAACAAACAAAUCCAAAAGAGAUUGAAACUAAUUUGGAUACAUUGUAAAUUAAAACACUUGUUUUACAUGACAGUACCGAGUCAGCAGCAGCAACAUCAGCAGUCGGCAAAAGCAAAAAUCAAAAAUAAAACAUUGCAAAAACUUAAAUCUACAACAACAACA